CGCCGCUCCUGCUCCUCCCGCUCCUCCCCCCGCGGAACAUUCCUGUCCGCGGCUCCACACGGCAGCGGAACGCGGCGGAGACUCGACGGACUCGGACUCCUCAUGACUCUUUCCAAGGACACAUCAAUGUUGGGUCGCGGUGUGAAGCGGAAGUGGAGCAGCGUGGAGGAGCUGGAGGCCGAGGUGGUGCCUGACGCCUCGGCGAUGGAGGACGGGGAGGCGGCGGCGGCGGCGGGGGGGCGGCGGCGCGUCCGGACCCCCGCCCCCCCGCAGCAGCGCCAGCUGGUGCUCGGCCUCUGCCUGCAGAAGCUGCAGCGCUACCAGGCCGGCGUGGAGCUGAGCCUGCGCCGCUCCGUGCUGCUCAUCAACACGCUGCGGCGGAUCCAGGACGAGAUGCGCGGCGACGGCGGCGCGGCGGGCGGCGCCCCCGACGUGCUGCUGGGCGCCGUCCGCCCGGACUCCCGCCUCCUGGGCGACGACUUCAGGGAGGACGUGUCGGUCACCUGCCCCGGCUGCGCCGAGGGGGAGGCGCCCACCGAGCCGCCCCCUCAGGAGGCGUGCGCCCCGCCCGAGCAGAGACCCCCGCCCGCCGCCUUCAGCGAGGCGGUGAGCGCCAUGGGCUACCUGGGCGACAUCGCCCUGGACGACAUCUUCGAGGACAUCGACACGUCCAUGUACGAGACGUCGGACCUGCCCUCGGCGUGGGCGGCGGGCCCGCUGUGGCCCGUCAGCGUGUCGCUGUGGCCGGACGACGACCCGAAGCGGGGCGCCGCCCCGGCGGGGGGGCUGCAGGCCUGCCUGACGGACCUGAACGAGCUGGACCACAUCAUGGAGAUCCUGGUCAAGUCCUGAUCCUCCCGCGCCCGGAGCCGCUCGGCCCGAGGUCCAAGGCUCCGUCUGAACGCUCACUGAAGAAGAAAACACUAAUGCUCACACACACACACACACACACACACACACACACACACCUUAACCUGCAAGUAUUUAUUAAAAAAUGAAGAAUUUAGGUCAAAAUAUCUCGUCAUAUGAGGAAAAACGUCCACCUUCAACACCGUUUCAGAGUCCAGAAAUAAUCAGCUGGUCAGCAGACCUUUAUGAGUUAGCCAAUGUUUCCCAACCUGAGGUCUGGGACCCCCUGAGGGACGAGGCAAAGGUCACGGUGUGGCCAGCCUCAGUGUGAAGGUUUAGAGAAUCAAACAUCAAACCUCUGGAACGGUUCUCAGAAACAUUCUGAGGAGGUAAAAAGAAUCCAGAUUUGAGCCACGCUCUGCUAAAAAUUUGCACUUUUUCCAACAAAAAGUUGCUUCUGCUCAAACAUUUGUUUCAAACACAAAGUGGAGAAUCUGCGGUGAGUCGAUCAGACAUGUUGAGACAAAGCCGCUGCGCUGGAAGCUUAUAAAAGCUUAUUGCAGCAUUCAGGGAGGAAGUGAAGCAACAGGACGGCGCCGGACGGCGUGCAGGUGACGCCGCCGCCGCCGCUCAGUGAACACAGACGGAACCUUGAAUCAGGGGCCGGGAGGCGGCGCCGGGUGAAAGCCCUGCGCUCAGGACAGAGGGAACCCGAGCCUCGUGCCGUCCUGUCAGACCCGGGUUGAUUAUUAAUUGAAAUGCCUUCAAUUACUUAAGAGGCCGAGCCGCCGCCGCCCGCGGGGCAAAGGGCCGGCUUCCCUUUCACUAUCAGGACCGAGCGCGGACUCAGACAUAUUUAUUACAGUGGAGGACGGACGGCGGGGGAGCAGGAGGCUUGAAACCCUUUUCCAGCCUGGACCAGCUGCUCCUCACACAUCUGGACUCCGAUAUGGAACAAAGCGUGCAAGAAGCAACCUUUCUAUUUUAUUUUAUUUCAUUUUAUUUGAACUUUUGUCCCUUCUCGGCAGCUUGUAUUUACGGUGAAUCCUCGGUGUCACAAAUGCAGCAUGAAAUCUGUCUUUUGGGGGUUUGACCGAGGCGCUGCGGGGCCGCGGUCGGCCAUCAUGGCGGUCGGGGGGGGGGGGGAAUCCACCUUCCGCCUCAGCAGCAGCAGCAGCUGCUGGUGUUGUGGGAUAGAGUUGCUACCCGGAGGCGUGAAGGAGGAAAACCGCGCGGCGGCCAAAGCUUUGGCUUCAAUAACGUUAGAAUUUGAUGUUAUUUAAAUAAUUUUGAACUGGAAGCCGUGGAAGAAGCCAUGUUCGGUCCGUUUGCACAGAUUUUAUGAAUGAACGAUCAAUGACAUGUAGACUGAGUGACUGAAGGCCAUGUGUGGAGGAAUCCUGUGCGUGCAUCAUGGCCUCCUUCCUAUACGUCCUGAAUGAGAGAGUGUGUGUGUGUGUGUGUGUGUGUGUGUGCGCCCGCUGCUGUUUAUUUGCACUCUGAACUGUAACGACCGCGCCGCAGGGUUCUGGAUCGCCCCGUGUCUCAGAGCGGUGGAUUCCGGUACGGUCCGCCUGCUGCCAUCUCUGCGGCGUCUCCAUGGCCUUCCUCUGACGGGAACAGUUUUCUACGGCAGUCUGUCUUUUUACGUGUUUCUACCUGAAGCUCCGGUCUGGUGUCCAGUGGAAGCGAGGCAGCCAGCCAAUCAGACGCUCUCUAGUGGUUUACGCCUUUUCUACCUCCUGCUGUCUGUCUGUUUCACUUUUUUCUUCUUCUUCUUUUUUUUUUUUUUUCCAACCUGCACACUCCGUAAGCCGUGACAGGAGUCCAGCGUUUCCUCCUGCAGUCAGACCAAAGCGCCCGUCCUCACCUCCAUCUCCGGCCUCUUGUCCAAAACGUGCCUUACUACUGAGUUUAUAUCCAUGCAGGGAGGGGGAGGAGGGGGGGCUGGAGCCGUGUGAGAUUCACUGAUGGACAUACAUGUAACGGGGUGCGAUGAGGUGUUAUGUAAAGCGACCACCGACCACCGUUCCUUCCUUCUUCUCUUUUCUGCUGCGCUGCAGCCGGAUGAGCUUAAUGCAGCCUGACAGGCUGACGGUGAGCGAGCGGAGGGGAGGAGGAGGAGGAGGAGGAGGAGGAGGAGGGGGUGGGAGGAAGCUGUCUGCGUCACUGGCUCGGUGGGAGGAUCCCACUGCUUGUUUUUUGCCCGGACUCGCACUCCGGCUCGACCAAUCACAGGCCGGCAGCGAGCUGCACGUCUGCAGCUCCAACAACAACUUGUUUUCUGCUCCUGCUUCACAGGCGCUCGGCUGGAAAUCAAACCACUUUCCUCUUUUCCGUCGGACACAACGUGACAGAGCUGCAGUGUUUAUUUAUAACUCAAAGUGUCUGUAAAGCACAAGCUGUAUGUUUGUCAUCGUCGUAUUAAUGUACCUGAAGGAUGACAGGAGAUGAUAAUUCAUAAUGUAUUAUAUUUUUGUGGAAUAUUUUAUAGAUUUUAUCCAAUUAUACAGUAAAAACAAAAAUCCUGACUGGUGUGUUUGAAUCUUUUUUUGUUUUCAACAAACCUGAACUCAUUAUGCAACACAACAUCCAUCC